UUGUGUGGUAGUCCAUGAUAAUCGUCGGAGUUGUUUAAAAUACACUACAUUACGCCGCCCAGAAAAAUACCAAUCUUCUUAGGAUGCGCCUAUAAGUCGGACAUAGAGUUUUGGACCAAAAAUUGACUCCCAAAAAACCGACUUAUAGGCGAGUAUAUACGGUACCCAUUUUACCAACACUCGUUGCUGUUGACUCACUCACUCAGUGUAGUAGUGCUGCAGACUCAUGAGUGCAGGCAGCAGGGUUUAAUAAUUGAUUAGGGUGUGGACUACUACAAAUAAACAGCAGAAAUCUAUGAAGAUUAAAAUUGACAGGGAUGGCCCGAAGGUCGGACUUGGCAGGUUUUUUGAGAGGUUUGGAACACAUCACCAGGGCUUUAGUGGAAACACAGGGACCGGAGGUCAAACAAGUAUGGAGGAACAGCUCUCUGAAAACAGCAGCAGAAAAAGUCGUGGCUAAAUCUCAGACGAUCAUACAGGAUGUGACCUCCAAUCAAAGCAAUAUACAGAAUGUGAUCAAGGAGAAGACGGUGAUGAUGGCCAAACAGGCCUCCACUGUGGUCAAUACCCUGAAGACGAAUCCCCCCGCCAUGUCAGUCCCGAUGAUGGACAAUGCAGGUUCCGAUUUCAAUCUCUCCAGUGACUACAGCACAGCGCUCGGUGUGAAUGAGGAACUUUUUGAGGAGGUGUCCCGUAAAGAGGUGGACGAAGUCCUCACUAAGGCACCCAGUUCCACUUUGAGUAAAAAACCUCCUUCAAAGACAAUACUGAAAGACAUUUUAGAAAAUACCAAGACAAAACAGGCAGGAGAACCCAGUGUUAAGUCUGAGACAAAACAGGCAGGAGAACCCAGUGUUAAGUCAGAGACUAUUCCGGAGCCUUUUAAGGAAGUGAAGAAAAUGGCAAAGACUGUCAAACGAAUGCCGCUAGCAUCGUUUAAAUCAGCACCAAAGCUAAGUGAAACUGCUAAAGAGAGAAAAGUACCAUCCUCAAGGAUUAGCAGAGUGGCCAACUUUGGAGGUUUGUUUGUUGGCCUUGGUGUUGGUGCUCUGUCUGAGGUCACGAAGCGAGGCCUGGGGCUGAGGAAGACAGACAGCAAGAAAGAAACUUUGACUGGAGAGAACCCGUUUUUGACGGAGGAGAAUGCUGAGCGUAUCGUAGACAGACUCUGUCGGGCUAGAGGGGCUGCCCUAAAACUCGGACAGAUGGUCAGCAUACAGGACAAUUCAUUUUUGGAUCCAAAACUUCAAAAGAUCUUUGACCGAGUCAGACAGAGCGCGGACUUUAUGCCGACUUGGCAAAUGAAUAAAGUCCUGAGAAGUGAGCUGGGAGAAGACUGGCAGGAUAAAUUUGAACAUAUUGACCACACCCCGUUUGCAGCUGCUUCCAUUGGACAAGUGCACAGAGGGAGGCUAAAAGACGGCAGAGAAGUCGCCAUGAAAAUCCAGUAUCCGGGUGUUGCUAACAGCAUAGAAAGUGACAUCAACAAUUUGACAACUGUCUUGAAAAUUUGGGAUGUUUUUCCAAAAGGUGUAUAUAUUGAAGAUUUAAUGAGGGUUACUAAAAAAGAAUUAGCUUGGGAGGUGGAUUAUGAAAGAGAAGCCAAGUGCUGUAUGAAGUUUAAAGAGUUACUGCAGGACCACACGAUGCUGGAUGUACCGGGAGUGGUGCCGGAGCUGUGCUCUAAACAGGUUCUCACCUCGGAGUUCAUUGAGGGAAUAUCACUUGAGAGAUGUGCUGAACUCGACCAACAAAGCAGAGACCAGAUCUGUACAGAAAUAUUAAGUCUCUGCCUGACUGAGCUGUUCGAUUGGAAAUUCAUGCAGACUGAUCCAAACUGGGCCAACUUUUUUUACAAUCCAGACACCGAAAAGCUGACCUUGCUGGAUUUUGGAGCCAGUCGAAGCUUCUCUGCCAAAUUUGUAGAUGAUUAUAUUCGGAUAAUUAAAGCAGCCUCCGAGGGUGACAGGGAAGGCGUCAGACACUGGUCUAUAGAAAGCGGCUUCCUCACCGGAUAUGAAACCAAGAGUAUGGAGGCAGCCCAUAUUGAUGCCGUGAUGAUUUUAGGAGAAACAAUGGCCUGUGACGAGAAAUUUGAUUUUGGGACACAGAGUGCAACCAAGCGUAUCUUUAACCUUAUACAAGUGAUGGCUGAACAGAGACUGACACCGCCACCGCAUGAAACGUAUUCCUUACAUCGGAAAAUGUCCGGAUCUUUCUUAAUUUGUACCAAGCUUGAUGGCAAAGUCAACUGUAAAAGAUUGUUUGACGAUAUUUAUGCUCGAUACGAGUUUGGAAAGGAAUGUGAAUUCUGGCAAGACUAGAAGUAAACCUAAUUUCAUUGAUGGAUAGGAGUUCAUUUGUUUAAGGCCUGAUUGCUAUUUGAUGUACACACAGUGGUUUCAGUCCUUUAUGAUGUGCGAGUUUUAGAGUCUGUUUUACUCAGUCAGUAUCUGUGAAUGUAUUAUAUAGUAUUGCUGUAAUGUCAAGAUGUUAAAAAAAAUAAUAUAUGAUUGGCACUUGCA